CACAGCGCUGGAACUCGACAGAAUGCAUGAGAGAGCUCAGUACCUUAACCGCCCGCCGGCCCGUUGGCGGCUGUGGAAGGCUGCCCAGAUGGGAUUCCAUUGAUGGUACCUAGCGAGGUAUGCUUUCGGCCAGUGAUUCACACUUCCGCUGUCUGUGCUUUCAGUUCCCUCGUGCCAUGCCUUGAUGGCUGCCAGGCUUCCAGCCCAUGGAAAACGGUGCCGCUUGAUUGCCGGGCAUCUUGUCUUAUCUGCCUGCCGGGCGGAAUGGUCCCCCUGUCGGGGCCGCAUGCGUGGAGGGGAAGGUGACGGGAGCCCAGGUGAGGUCGGGUCCAGUGAGUGCGGUGCUUGAGUGGGAAGCAUGGGUGGUCCGAGCUCCCAUUUUCCGCUUGCCGGGUGGAAAAAUCCUCUUGCGAAUUGUUCCGCCGCGGGACGGCCCACGACGCGCAGACGGGACCCGGAGUCCGGACCUGAUUGACCACUGCCCGCGCUGGACCUGCCCUCGCCCCCGACAGCCCCAAAGAUACCCAUCGGCGAGCCGACCACACCUCGACCCGAACCCCAAUCCCACUCCUCUCCCGAUCCAGUAGCCCUCGGGGCCCGAUAAUGUACGAGAGGUGAACAGCCGCUUAUGAAUGAUGGCAUCUCUUAGACACAGCAUUACCAGUGCUCUUCGGAGCUCCCGCCAGGGCUGUUCCAAGUCGGCGCAAUGGCAGUCGCUUGACCAGCAAUUCGGCGCUUUGCGCAUCAGCUCGAGGUCCCUGUCCACCCACGCCCACGACCACAACCCGAACGUAGAUGGCCAAUUCAUCGCCGCCCCUGCGCUCAGCAUAGACAACUUCAAACUCCAUCCCUAUGCCCGUGCCGUCCCCGUGUCGCCCUCGUACUUCACCCGGACGCCCCGGUUCUACGACAACUAUCUUUCCCUAGAAAAGCUCAUGGAGGAGUACGAAGACCUUCCUGUCAUCCCCGCGACCGCCGUCGAGCGCGUGGCCUGGAAGACGCUCGAGGAUAUCAGGAAAGAGCUCGGCGAGCAGGUCAAGGCAUCCGAGUUCGCAAGGUGUCUGGCUCUCGUCAAACGGCUCAACUCGAUCCACCCCGACCUUAAGCCACAAGAGAUCAAGGAUGUGCUCGACAGCUUCAGGCGCAACGUACAACCCUUUACAAAUGUCGCCAAGCCGAUCCCGAUUGACCAGUUUGGCCGCGCUUGUGGAGUCGGCAAGAGAAAGGCCUCGAGUGCUCGGGCCUUCGUGGUGGAGGGUACCGGCGAGGUUCUGGUCAACGGGAAGACCUUGGCCGAGUACUUUGGGCGGGUUCACGAUCGCGAGAGCGCUGUUUGGGCUUUGCGCGCAACAAAUCGCAUUGACAAGUACAACGUCUGGGUCAAGGUGGAGGGUGGUGGUACCACGGGUCAGGCGGAGGCCAUUACGCUGGCUAUCGCAAAGGCCUUGCUGGCUCAUGAGCCUGCUCUGAAGCCGGCGUUAAGAAGGGCCGGAUGUGUCACACGCGACCCGAGGAAGGUCGAAAGAAAGAAACACGGCCAUGUCAAGGCCAGAAAGAUGCCUACCUGGGUCAAGAGAUAAUCGCCCUCCUGCUACAGUUUGCGGUAUUAUUGGAUGGGUUUCGUUUUUUGGGGGGGCAUUGUGAAUAUGCUGCCUCAGUUUCGGUUUAUGCACGAACGACCAGUCAAAUGGAGCGAUGCUUUUUUUCCCCACCAGCGCAGCAUCACAGCUCCUUUCUUUCUGGGAAGCAUUUUCUCUCAUGUGCGUACUCUAUAUGUGGAUAUGCAUGUGAGUGUCCGUCUCGCUUGUGGCCUCGCCUGGGCCUACCAAGUUCAGCACAGGUCGAUCUCAGGCAAGCACGCGUGUACUUGUACAGGAGGGGUUCAACAAACCGUGUUAGGGGGGGGCCGGCACGACCUUGUUGUGUGUGUAUAAUACAAUCUAUGUGUGUGCUGGGGGGGUUACAACGGUUCUUUUUGCCAUGGAAAAAAAAGGUAUGCAAACCGAUUCGACGCCCGGCCUCUUCAACCGGCAUCACUGCAACUUUGACAUGGGUUUUGCUUGUGAUGGGUUGACUGAUUCGUGCGACUACAAGUCAUGAACCAUCCGGGGGUUACAUCCAAUGUGUAAGAGGCAUGCCGAACAACUCCCAUCUCACAGAUUAGGUGGGAACGAUACGCACUGCAGGGCACACGUGGGUUAGCCGCGCUGUCAGAACCGCGUUUUCUGAACUUCAGAUUCCGUUCCCGUGGCGGCAGAGUGCAAUCCGUGUUCAGCAUCCUCGCCCGAGGGCCCUGGGGGACUGUAAGGAUCCUAUAUAAGAUGGUGUUUGGUAACCAUUUGUCAUGCUUUAUUAUUGUCCCAAGUCCCACCAUUCCCAUUAUGCUUGGCCCGUAAUGAGGUCGGAAUAGGUAGUCAGAGGUCCAUACACUGCAGUGCUCACG